AUGGCGCCCACAGCUGUUAUCGAGACCAUGCCAUCUUCUCCGACCCCGACUCAGAAUCCUAGCCAGACGCAAUCGGUCCCUUACCUCUUCGCCCUACAUGGCAAGACUAUUGCGAUUACCGGUGGCGGCCGUGGCCUUGGUAUGUCGCUAGCUUUUGCUGUGAUUGAGGCUGGCGGGCAUGUAGCCUGCCUUGAUAUAUUGCCGGCACCAUCGGAGCAAGAAUGGGCCAGUCUCCAGAAAUUGGCUAAUGUAUCCAAUCUGACGAUUUCUUACCACCAAUGCGAUGUGACUAGCGAGAUCGAGACAACCAACAAACUUGAGACUAUUGCACAAGAGGCGACUACAAAGGGAGCCCCGUUUUCGGGGAUUGUUGCAUGUGCGGGUAUACAACAACAAGUGCCAGCUCUAGAAUACGAUGCACAAGACUUUGAGAGGAUUCUACGCGUCAAUGUCACAGGAUCUUUCCUCACAGCCAAGAGAGCCGCGCGCAUUUUUGUCGACCAGAAGCAAGGCGGAAGUAUUGUGCUCAUUGCUAGCAUGUCUGGUCAGAUCGCAAACAGGGGCCUCACAUGCACUGCAUACAACGCUAGCAAGUCGGCUGUCCAUCAAAUGUGCCGCUCUGUUGCACAAGAAUGGGGAACACAUGGAAUCCGAGUCAAUACCUUGUCUCCAGGCCAGUAUAUCAAAACCGACAUGACGAACGCUCUUCUCGACGCCAAUCCAGAAGUCGAGAAAAUCUGGAUGGCCGGUGCUUUACUCGGAAGACUUGGUACGCCAGAGGACUUCAAGGCGCCAGCAGUGUUCCUUCUUUCGGAGGGCAGUUCUUUCAUGACCGGUGCAGACUUGCGUGUUGAUGGGGGCCACUGUGCCUCUGCAUGA